AUGGCCACCAUCGCCCUCGCCCUGCUCUCUGCCGAGGCGUCGGCGCUCGUCUCCACGUCGCACAACGGUAGGUUUGCGCCGGCGCUCGGGCUGCGCCGCGCCGGCCCGCUCUUGAGCAGCACGGCCGCGGCGCUGGAGCUGCAGCGCAGCGCCGAGUCCACCGCCGACGCAAUCCAGCGCAAGCUGGCGAGGAUACGCGAGCUCCGCCCGACGGAGCAGUCGCCCGAGGUGCAGCAGAAGCUGUGGGAGUCGGCUGGGCUGCUGCCGAUGUACAAGGUGUCUGGCUCGGUGACCGGGGAGCCGUCCUUCACGCAGCUCUUCUCGCACGAGACGUGGAGCGCGUACACGGGCAAGUCGCCGUUCCGCCGCUGGCUGCGCACCGGCGUGACGUGGCGCCACUCGACCGUCCUCGCCUCGGUGUGGCCGAUCUGCCUCUCGCUCUCGCUCUGGUCCUUCUGCGUCGCCUCGCUGCCCGCGAGGUUUCUGCCGCGCACGUCGCCCCUGCCGCUGACGGCGAUGGGCUCUGCGAUCGGGCUCCUCCUCGUCUUCCGCGUCAACAACCUGUACGGCAGGGUGGCCGAGGCGCGGCUGCUUAACCUCCGAGAGUGGGACCAGCAGGCGGCCCAGACAGUCGCGACGGCUCUCCUCUUCGACCGCAGCCUGCCGGCGGAGCGAGCGCCCGCCUCGCACGCAGCCGCGUCUAAGGUGUGCCGCUACCUCGCCGCCUUCCCCUGGGAGCUGAACGCCAAGCUGACGGGCAAGGGCGACGGCGUCGGGAAGACGCGCGGCUUGCGGCCCGGCGAGGACACCGACAUCCUGCGCGUGCUCCUGCCUGCCGAGGAGGUGGACUUCAUCGGCCAGGCGCGCUCGCGGCCGCUGCUGCUGCUCGGCGCGAUGCGGAGGCAGCUGCACGCGCAGCUCCGCGACCUCAAGGAGCUCGACCUCGUCGUGGGCGGCUGCGAGCGCGUCUUCUCGUCGCCCGUGCCGCCGACGAUGUCGCGGCAUGUGAUCCGCUGCAUGCUGCUCUGGCUGCUCGGGCUGCCCGCCGUGCUGGCGGGCAGCAUGUCGCCGGCGCACAUCUCGCUCUGGGUCUUCCUGGUCAUCAUGCUCAACCUCGAAGAGGCCCUCGCGAUGCCGCCGCCCGCCGAGGCAAGCGAGCAGGGGGGCGGCGCAGAUGAAUGA